GCAGAAAUUAAAGUGUUUUCAAUUAUUCCUCAUUAUUUUCCACAAUGACCGAAGAAUUAUGUGAUAAGAUCGAAAAAGAUGAAUUCUUCAAAAACUUUCUUGCCGAUAAACCCAGCCCCGAGCUGCAGCUGACCGUCGCAAUCAGUGAUCAAAUUGGCAAACUCUCCGAAGGCAUCGAACAACUGUCCAGCGCCCUCCAAAAGCAAGUUCGCGAACAGUACGGUGCGUUACUUUCGCAGGCCAAACAUGCCGGUACGCUGAACUCAUCGAUCGAAUCGAUAUCGAGCCACAUCGAAACGCUACGCUUUGGUGCGGAACGUCUCCGGCGGCAGAUCACUGUGCCAUACGAAUUGCUCGAAACACAGACCAAGGUACUCGGUCGGUUGCACGAGGCCUCGCAUGUACUGCGACAAUGUGCACGAUUUCUUCAGGUGCACAAGGAACUGGCCCGUACCAGCGAUCUAGCCGAGCAAGCCGGUAUCGUGAACGAACUCGAGGGCCUCAUGGAAGAUGUGGAUCUGACGAAAAUUGACUUCCUGCGAGAAGAAAUUGGUACCGUAACGAAAGCUAAACAGCGCCUGUUGAAGGUGGCCAAUCGGGAUUUAUUUGAGGGAAUAUUGAAAAACAAGCAGGAACAAGUUGACGUGUGUUUGCGAAUUUUUCACAACCUAAAGAUACUUCCAAAGUGUCUCAACAAUGUGCUGGAAACAUUCAGCACUUACCUGAGAGAUGCGAUAAAGGAAUCGUUCGCUGGAACGGAUGUGGCGAAACUACGCAAAACAGGUGCCUCAUCCCCGGCCAAAGAGCGUCAGGAUGCACGGCAAAUGAAAGGUCCCGGCAAAGCGCCUGCACUGACCAAUUCCUCCAACUUUCGGACGAAGCUAUGGCAAGCUCUGGAGUGGCUGUUUCUAGACGAAAUGUUUGGCCACUGUACCCAGGUGUUGUUUCUUCAGAAGUGCCUUCUGCAGCUACCGCUUGGAGACGACUACACGCUUGCCAAAGAGUUUGAUCGUCAAUUUUGGGAUAACCUAGAGAAGCUGCUGAUCAAAUCAUUCAAAUCGGCACAGUCGCACGUGACACAAACGCUUCAGCAGGGACUUCCGAAGCUUCUUUCGCUUGCGCGCGGACUGGAGACGAAAGUCGAUCAUCAGUUCACCUUUGGCGAGAAGGUGUUUAGCUCACUGGAGGCAGGCUAUCUGGAAAAGUGUGCCAAUAACUUCAAAGUAGCGCUGGCUGAUGUCGAUUUUCCCAACCAAGAGGUCAUUGAUACGUUGGUUCGUGUCGCUUCUACCGAACUGAACGCAGCCAUUGUCGAUCCACGUUUGAUCGAUCUCGUGACAGGCGUUUUGUGCGUGUCGAAUAAAGACCUUUGGAACAAAAUUGAACGCAAUGUUAAACUGGGGUCCGACACACAACAGGUGGUUGAUAAUCCAAACGUAUCGCAAUCGCAGAACAUUACCCUGGCAAAUAUCAUUCAUUAUCAUCAUGAGGCAAUCAAUAGAUUGGUUUUGAACCUUGGACCGAAAUUCGCCGGUCUGGAAGCUUCGAAACGGUUAACAUCUAGCCUGAUCGAAGGAAAAACUAUCACCUUGGCUAUUUUGCAACCUUUAAUCGCUUCUAUACAUUCUGCCGUGAACGUUAUCCUUCUCUCCAUGCACCGUGAACCGGGUCUAAAUUCGAACAACAUUUCAACAGCCGGGCCAUCGCUAUACAUGAAGGAACUGCAGGACUUUAUCAUUCGUUCGUGGAGCACGCACAUUUUGCCUUACAACGAUCGGGCGGUGAUCGAGGAAGCGGGUCAAAGUUUGGCCAUCCGUUGCAUUGAGCUGUUUGUACAGAAUCUGGUCACCAUUCGUCCAAUUUCCUUCGCGGGCAGGCAACGGCUGAAAGCCGACUGUCACCACUUGGAGGGCGCACUCAAACCCAUCGUACCGGACCUGUCGUCGCUGGGGAAAAGUUUUCGUCUGCUGCGCGCCAUGGCCUCACUGUACACGGUCACACCACAGGAGCUAGUUAAUCAAACGACCGACGUUGGUGGAGUGGUUCCACCGUACAUUGUGCUGUUCAUGUUGUUCGGGUACGCCGGUAACGAUAUGGCGAGCCCGCACGUCACGGCCGGUUGGGGCAACGAGAAGCUGCUACAGUGGCUCGAAAGUCAUUCCUCGGAGAGGGACCGGCUGGAGCUUAUCACCGGUGCGCUACAAAAAUACCGAACCGUGGUUCGACAGAAGAACAUUACGCAAUAUGAUCCUAUCUUUCCGAUUGUUACAAACUACUUGGAGAACGUGAAAAAACAUUUAAACUAAACAAUAGAAAAAUAUCAA